AUGGCAGAAACUAGGUCAUUCAUUUGGAAUUUGGAGAUACAGGUAGGUCAGCUGAGCAAGAGGAUACUUGAGGCUCCCUCCAAUACUCUUCCAAGCAACACAGCAGUAAAUCCAAAAGAGGAGUGUAAGGCCGUCAGUAUGGAAGCUGAGGCUGAACCCAAAGGGGCACCUGCUACUAAGGAACUGAAGAAGAACAAGGCUCAGGAGGAUACUAAGAGUAUCCCCAUGCAUGUUCCUCUAGAAAUGAAGGAGCCUGAAGAGCAACCUUCUCCAACCUUGCAAGAGAAGCCUGAAGACGAGCAACUUGCUCAGUUUCUGGCAGUCCUCAGGAGGUUGCAAGUUAAUAUCUCUUUUACAGAGCUAUUGGAGAAGAAACCCCCCUCAAUGGCCUGUCUAAAACAUGCUAUCUCUGAAAAGACGGCUCUAAAAGGAGAUGAGACUAUGGUGUUAACCAAGGAAUGCAUCACCCUAGUCCAAAAGAAGCUGCCUCAAAAGCUGCCAGAUACCGGAAGCUUCUUGAUCCUCUGUACGAUAGGGACCAUCACUUUUAAGAAGGCAUUGUGCGACCUUGGGUCAAGCAUCAUUCUUAUGCCUUUCUCUGUGAUGAGAAAGCUAGGGAUCCAAGAGGUGCAACCUAUUAAGAUCUCACUGGAAAAGACAGACAAGACCCUGAAACGAGCAUGA